AUGGCGCCUAAUACCUCAACUCCCAGCGGUUUCGCCAGGCUGCUCACUAUCAUCGGUGUGUUAAUCGGCAUAUUCACCCCAAUAGUCUACCUCCUCGAACGUAACCUCGAGAACUUCUACAUCUUCAACCUUGAAGAGCUGCAAGAUGUAGCCUCGCGCGGCAUUCAGGCUCACGGCAACGACACCGCCAAGAUCGUAGACUACAUCGUCACCGAGCUAUACCAGAACCACCCGGAGCACGUCAACCCUAAGUGGAACGUCACUGAGGAAUGGAUGUUUAACAAUGCCGGCGGUGCCAUGGGUGCUAUGUACCUUAUCCACUCCAGUAUCACCGAGUAUUUGAUUAUCUUCGGUACCGCGGCUGGCACGGAGGGCCACUCGGGACGACACACAGCAGACGACUACUUCCACAUUCUAACGGGCGAGCAGUGGGCAUUCGUGCCCGGCAAGUUCGAGCGCGAAGUCUAUCCAGCUGGCAGCGUGCAUCACAUGCGCCGUGGCGACGUCAAGCAAUACAAGAUGCCCGAGAGCUGCUUCGCUCUCGAGUACGCCCGUGGUUGGAUCCCGCCUAUGCUGUUCUUCGGCUUCGCCGACGGUGUGUUUAGCACACUGGACAUACAGACUAUGUACCGCACCGUAGCUAUUACCGGCCGGGAAACGAUCAAGAACCUCUUGAUUGGGAAGAUCUAG